GCCUAGCGUUUGUUAGCCGUUACCAUGGAGACGAGGAGACGCGGUUGGUAAACUUGGAGACCAGCCUUUAAACUAUGACCGGAGCGCUGUAAAUAGUCACAGUCCUGACCCUUUAUGCGAUAACUGAGCUACUCUGCCCCCUCCCCACGCCACCGACAGAAACGGAGCCAUGUCGCAAAGGUCAUACAACCACAUCUGGAAGGAUGCCAUGUCCGAGCUGAGUCGUCUCCUGGCUGAAGAGCUACCCCCUGAGCCCCCUCCACCGCAGCGAGACAGGGUGGUCUUCUUCCAGCAGCUGGCGACACUUUACGUGCGCUACCUUCAAGUCUUCAGGCAGCUGGAGGAGGCCCACAACCUGCUGGUCCACCCUCAGAAGAGGCGACUCGUCCGUGUGAUUCUCAACGGCGUAAUGGGGAGGCUGCUCGAGCUGAAGAACGAAAUGGUGGAAAAAGAGUUUUCCGAGUACCACUAUGUGGACGAUGUCCUGCAUGCGUUGAAGCUCACGCCCGCUGCACUUGAGAUCCCCAUUCCACAGUUCUUUCUCAACGAGCGGAGCAAGGAAGUCGAAGAACGGAAAACGAUGCUGAUCGACAUCCUGAAAAUGGUGGUGAAAACGAAAGACCCUGAUACUUCAGUGGACACGCUUAUGACUGAAGAGGAGGCCAUAAAGAUCAUCCAAAUGGCAGAGCGGGCGUGGCACGGGCGGCUCAGGGCUAAGCUAAACAAAGAAAUCAGAUUUGGCAGUUUUGACAAAAGUCACAGGGCCAAGAACACAGGAUCAGCUUUCUCUGAGAUGGCCGCCAUCCGCAUUCAGAAGGUCUGGAGGGGGUAUAUACAAGGAAAGAAAGCAAGGAUAGCUCGGGAUGAAGAGAUGAUUUUUCUUGGAAUGGUUGUGGACCCAAAAUACCAGGCGCCUUGUUCGGCGGAGGCCGCAGCCCAAGCUAUCGAAGCUUCCACACGAAUCAAACAGAAGCAGCACGAGGAAGCUUACCUAAAGUCAAUAGAGGAGAUCUUGAAGCAGCUACGAGAGAUGGAGUACCACGACACGAGCAAGACCAUGAAGAACCAGAUUCGGCAGUGGUUCUUUGAAUGCCGUAACGCUACAGGAGCGUUUCCAGACUACCCAAGUGAAGAGGAUGGAGGCUCGGCCCUCAUAUUUGCUGAAAAAAGCCCUCAAGAGUUAAUGGAAGAAAUUGCGAUGAAAGAAGAAGAGGAAGCCAACAACAGCAAAUCCAAAGGGACAGAAGAAAAGAAGGGGAAAGGAAAGGACAAGGGAAAGGAGGCAGAGGAAGAAGAGGAUGCAGGGUUGAAGAUGAUGCCGUCUGCUUUCCUUUCAGACUUGGAAGCGGCAAACAAACGGUUUGAAGAUGUGUGGAAAAACCGGAACGAGUCGGAAAACUUCACUCAGAUGCACGAGGUGGAGUUGGUAAAGGAAGAAUUGAGAAAAGUCAUAGAGGCUGAAGUGCGAGUGCAGGUUGACGAAGAGAUGCGAGAGGAACUCGCAGAGUUGAAGCUGUCUGUGGAUAAAGAGAAGGCGGGCAAAGCGAAAGCAAAUGCUAAGAAGAAAAAAGGCUCCAAGAGUGGAAAGAAGAAGAAAAAGGAGAAAGAUCUGACAGCUGAUAGGACUCUUGAGUCUCUGUGCCAGGAGCUGGUGGAGCAAGGCUUAUUAAAGCCGACCAAAGAUGUUAGGAUGCAAGACUUCUGGGGGGACUAUAAUUAUCUUGGGACUACGCUGAGACAAAAUGACAUUGAGCCCAUGCCCUCAUUGUUGGAUGUCCGUCAAGUUUUAUCCUUAUAUGCAGUUUUACCAUUAGGCUCUCAGGAGGUUCACGAGAAGGCUCCUUUAAUAAAGUCCAUCCUGCUGGUGGGGCCCGCGGGUGUGGGUAAGAGCAUGCUGGUCCACGCGGUUUGCCACGAGACGGGGGCCACUCUGUUUGAUCUGUCCCCCUGUAACCUAGCGGGGAAGUACCCGGGCAAGAACGGCCUGACCAUGAUGCUUCAUAUGGUGUUCAAGGUUGCAAGGCUCCUGCAACCCUCUGUGAUAUGGAUCGGAGAUGCAGAGAAAAUGUUCUACAAAAAGGUUCCCAAGGAAGAAGAAGAGCUAGACCCUAGGCGGCUGAAAAAAGAUUUGCCCAAGUGUCUCAAACUGAUCAAAGGAGAAGAUCGUGUCCUAAUAAUCGGAACAACAAGAGAUCCGCAAAGUGCUGAUAUCAAGGGUUUGUCUAAAAUGUACGGCAAAAUCCUCCUCAUCCCAAGACCCGACUACGGCUCCAGAUACAUUUUGUGGGAGAAACUUAUCAAAAAGCAAGGAGGCAAUAUAACAAAGGCUUUGGACCUCAGCUCUCUGACUAAGGUAACCGAUGGCUACACUCCAGGCCAUAUGGUUCAGGUCGUCAGCAGCGUAGUCUCCCAGGAUCGCAUCCAGGAGCUGACAAAUCGACCCCUCACUGCUGGGGAUUUUGUUGUACCACUGGCCAAGUUUGAGCCCGUGUUCCAGAAGGAGGAGGAGGCAAUAAAAAACUGGUAUGCAAAAACGCCUCUCGGGAAAAGACGAAUUAAAGCUGCCACCGGGAAAGAAGAAGAAGCACCACCUAAAGGGAAAGAUGCAAAGAAGAAAGAGAAAAAAUAAAACAGCACAAAAAGCAAGGACAGUUAUGUUUGGCGGAUUAUUUCUUUGCUGUAACAGGGAUUCACGGCAAUACAUCUCUUUUUUGGAAAACCUCCUUAUUCUUUUGAUUAAAUGGUGCCACAUUUGUAAGGAGAAUGCAAUUGUCAGCUGAGCAGCAAAGUCCACGUUUUCUUGCGUGAAAAACUUGUCAAA